UGAGUAAGUGAAUCUCCUCGGACUUGAAACAGAACAACUACACACCCGUGUCUCUCACUCAUCAUCAUCUCCAUCAUGCCAAACUUUCCAUCAUUUCUUAUGCUUCAAAGCUUUGCCUUGGUACUUAGUAUUCCAAUCCUCGUUGAAUCACGGCCUACCAAUGAUAACACCAACCUCAACAAUAACCUUUCAUCAUCUCCCCCCUCCUCUUCGAGUCAAUCAUGGCAAGACUGGUCCAAUUCACCAUCUUCGCCCUCUUCAAACCCAUCUCCACCUUCACCCACAGCCCCCUGGCCCAUACCCAACAACUCCACCACUGGAAACACCAACUCCACGAACACCACCAACCCAAGUUACACCAACACCCCCGUGACAAUCUCAGAUCUAUUCCACAUUCCCGACCUCAGCACCUUCGACUUCAACACCACCAGUCCCGAACCCUAUAACCCCAACGAACCAGAUCCACAAGGCAAAUUUACGAGUCGAAUCGACCUGGACGAGAGCGAUAUUCCCGCCUUCAUCACAUUAAUAACAACAAACACGACACAGCAGCAAUCUACCGCCGCUCUAGUCGAAAACAUCAAUGAAGUCCUCACGAAUGUUGACCUCGAUCCAUCAAAUAGCGUGCUUGCGGAUAUGCUAUUACAUGCUAUCAAUCUCACGAACGGACAAGGACAAGGACAAAAGCGGGAUAUUGAUAAUGCCACCAUCACAUUACGCGAAUUAAGUCUCUUUCUCGAAUCUUGUUUCCUUGACUUCGACUCCUGUCUAUUCUGGGACGAUCAAACCAAGGAAAUCGUGGACGCCACGUUCGCCAUGGCGGAGACUGGCCUGUGGAGUCUUAAAAGUGAUAACCAGAGUGUUUGGCCUUCUAUUGCACAGUGGGUUAUUGAUUCAGGAGUUGAUCUUCUCGUUGGGGAUCGUCGACUGACGAAUGACAUGGUUGUUCCGGUGAGUCUAGUUCCGGGAGGAGGUGUUUCGGCGGCGUGGCCGGCGGAGGUGCCGGGGGUGAGGAGUAAGUACCUAAGGUAGGUUGGUCUUUCUCUUUGAAAGAGCUUUCGAUGGAAGGGGGUUUGAAGUGGG